UCAAGUGUAUGUGGGUCUCUGUCUCACCCUCACACACUUGCCGCUUCUCUUGCAACUCUUCUUGGGAUCUUUUGGUCCCAUUCCUCGGUGGCAGACUCCCCACACCAAGCAGUCACCAUUUCCGCCCCCGGGAGACCCACGCUGGCAGCGCAGCCCCUUCCCCGACUCAGCAUCGGGAGGAAGACCCUGGUGGCGGCUGCUGUGGGGGUUAUGCUGGUCCUGGUGCUGGUGGUGCUCAUCCCUGUACUCGUCAGUUCUGUGGGUACAGAUGCCAGCCACUAUGAGAUGCUGGGUACCUGUCGUAUGGUGUGUGACCCCUACCUGAACAAGGGAACUCCAGCCAGCAGCACAAGCUCCACUGGUCUUCAGGCUGAGGCAGAGGCGUUGAGUGACCACAGCAACGUUCUUCCACCAUCCACCUUGCUACAGGGCCCACAGGGGAAACCUGGCAGGCCAGGCAAGCCUGGACCACCUGGACCUCCUGGACCACCUGGAGAACCAGGACCACCAGGACCAGCUGGGCCACCUGGUGACAGAGGAGAUCAAGGGAGGACUGGGAUUUUGGGUCUGGGCAGUAAUGGAGCUAUCAGCACAGCCACGUACAGCACAGUUCCUCGGGUGGCCUUCUAUGCCGGGCUUAAAAACCCCCAUGAGGGCUAUGAAAUCCUAAAGUUUGACGACGUGGUCACCAACCUGGGCAACAACUAUGAUGGUAUUUCUGGCAAGUUUAUCUGCAGCAUACCAGGCACAUACUUCUUCAUCUACCAUGUUCUGAUGAGAGGAGGGGAUGGCACAAGUAUGUGGGCAGACCUCUGCAAGAAUGGUCAGGUUCGUGCCAGUGCUAUUGCCCAAGAUGCUGACCAGAACUAUGACUACGCUUCCAACAGUGUCAUACUCCAUCUGGAUGCGGGCGACGAAGUUUACAUCAAACUAGAUGGUGGCAAAGCCCACGGAGGAAACAACAACAAGUACAGCACCUUCUCUGGCUUCAUCCUCUACGCAGACUGAGAACAGACAGACACAGAGAUCAUCAGGCAGGAAGAGACUCAGAGAAAGAGUUGUAUGACGGGGGGAGGGUGUGUAUGUGUUAAAAGCCGGAAUGCUAUCUAGUUUUCCUAAUCCUCACCAUCACCACGGACACCUCUGCUCAUAUCCAUCAGCCAAGACAUUCAGGCUCUGCCGCCAAGCCUGGAUGCAAAGCUCCUGAGGACGCACUGUGAGGGGCUGGCGGGUGUCGUGGGAGGAGUGGGAUGUUAGAUAGGCUGGUUUCUCUGGACUCCUUGCCACAAUACUGACGUGUCAGAAGCUCCUCACUUUCAGUGUCUCUCCUCUUUAGCCCUGCUCCACUGCACAGAAAUAUCAACAAAAAUAAAAACCCUGCAAAAGUGGAUGAUCUCACCUCUUCUAUCAGCAGCGGCAGCAGUCAGCUGUACCUUCAGUCCACUGGACGACUGAAACUUGUAGUGUUGUUCCGUGCAAUUUAGAUUGUGUUUUUAUUUUGUAGACAUGCAUACUAUUCAACACAAAAGAAAUUAAAAAAAAAAGAAAAAAAAAAAAGAAUAUUUGUCCCUUGUGAAGAUGUCCCGCUUGAAUGAGAGAUGUUUUUGUGAUGCAAUUCACAGAUCUAACAACUGGACAAGAAAUAUUUAAAUCAAGACUUUCAGUAUUUUAUUGGAGUGGGUGUUUUUCUCAUCCAUGGGUAUUACAAGGUAACUAUAUAUUAUUCAUGUGGAGAAUAACAUACAUUCUGCACUUCUAAUAUAUAUGAAAAAGGAAAUAUCUCAUAUCGACAGUAUCCCUUCCACAAACCACCUCACACUGUUUCUUAUACUGUCACAUAAUGUCAUGCUGCUUUUCGAUUAAAGUAGAGCUGAAAAAUUCUUUUCAUUGUUCUAGCUUCAUGUAGAUGCUCCACUUGGCACAACCAGUCAUGUGAAGAAGCAAAUCUUCAGAUUCAGAGGUAACCCCGUUGAAGAGCGCUGAUCCUUUCUUCUCCUCUGCUGUGCUGACCUCCAAGCUUUCUUGAAUGGCAUUAAAAAGAAAAGAAAAAAAAAUAUAGAAAGUAUGGCUUCUGAAGCAGAGGGUGAUGGUGAGAAAUUCACAAACACACAGAAAGACAGAAAUGUGCAGGAUGGGGAGGUAGAGAAGACAUUCAAGCACAGUAACAGUGAGUGGGCAAUUUUUCUGUUCCACUGUCUUCACUGGAUGUCAUCCAUUCAUUAGCUGCAUAUUCAGUGACAUACAGGCAUUAUGGUAAUAUUUAGUCAACAUAGCGGCCUGACAGCUUGCUUGAGAAUGGAACUGAUUGGGUGAGUGACUUUGCUUAUUAUGACUGCACAUUUGAGUGUGUGUAUGUGUGUUUGCGUUUGUGCGUGUGUAUGUGUAUGUGCAUAUCAGUAAGUGUCUGCAUUCUAGCAUGUGCCGUGCCAUAACUACAUUGUUAAUUUCCAGAGUUGUGGUAUUCUGUGCUACAGCCAAUGACAGAUAUUUUACUCAGCAGCCAAUGAGAUUGUGCUAUGUAGGGUGGAGCCUCUAAUAGACAUGAUGAGAAGAGCAAACAGCUUGUAAUUGAAAUCUAUGAAUUGUUUAUCUUAUCUUUUGGAAUUGUUGAAUACAUUUAAAUAAUAAAUGGGAUUUUUUUGAGUGA